AUGGCUUUCGAAUUCAAUGAAAUACAAAAACUCGCGGAAUUAUUCAACCCAAAUCGCGAUAAUUCCGAUUCGGAAAAUGAAAUUGAAGAUUGUGUGGAAAGUAAACCAUGUCCAAAUACACGAGACGAUAGUUUUAACGAAGAAAAAAAGAAAGUGAAUCCUUACAGUAAAAUUGAACGUAAAGAAAAACUGUUAGAACAGGAUGAAAUACAAAUUCUAGAUGAAAGUUGUGAAGAAAAUAAAAUUAAAACUGAUUGGAAAAAAACACCAGCAUGGGACGUAGCUUACAAGCAACAAGUUACGGCGUCUGAUGUUUUUUUACAGAUGGGAUUUAAGAAUCCGACGACUUCCAGUUGUGAAGAUAUGAUAGUGACAAUUAGUUUACCUGGAGACAGUCAUUAUAACAUCGAUUUGAAAAUUCAGAAAGAAAAUUUAAUUCUCGUUUCUCCCACGUAUUUUCUCGACCUUCGGUUACCGCAUCCCGUGGAUCCUCAAAAGGGUAACGCAAAAUGGGAUAACGACACUGAAAAAUUGAUUGUUACCUUAAGGAUGGAUAGAGAGUUGGAUUUGGUUAAUUUUUAG